UGAUUAGACACACAAAUUAAUAAUUAUAGGAAGAGUGACCUUUCCAAUAAGAUGUCCUCAGACACUCCCUGCAUCCCUGUGCUAAACUUUGCCAACCCAGACCGAGAUGCCAAAGUCAAGCUCCUUGUUGAAGCCAUGGAGAAGGUUGGAUUUGUCUAUAUGGACAAUGUACCCGGCUACAGCUUGGAAAUUGAAGAGAAACUGCUGCAGGCUACCAAGUGGUUCUUUGCCAAACCUUUAGAAGAUAAACUCAGAGUUUCUUGCACAAAUUGGAACAAAGACGCCAAAGGAUAUUACAGAGGGUAUAUUCCCAUCAACGUCAAGGAAGGUCAUUUGAGAGAGCAAUACGAAAUGGGAGAAGAGCUUCCCGAAGAUGACCCAGACCGAAAUUCUGCCAACUACUUGUAUGAACCAACUCCUUUUCCUGAUGGUGAGGAAGGCUACACUUAUCGUGAGCUGAUGAUGUCUCACUAUGCUGCUAUGACCAACGCUGGAAUAGAAUUUCUAAGACUCUUAGCAAAAGGGCUUGAAGUUGCUGAAGAUUUCUUCGACAAAAAAUUCUUGCCAAAAACACUCUCAAGUCUUCGUAUCAUGCACUACCCCACAUACGGUGACACUCCUCAGCCAACGUUUGUUUGUGAAGAGCAUUUUGACACACCUUUUGUUACUAUUCUUACAACGUUUGCAUAUUCUGGUCUCGAGAUAAAGAACAAAAAUGACGAGUGGGUGAAAGUUGCUCCACGUCCUGGUUCUCUGGUGGUGAACAUCGGAGAUCUCCUGUCUAGAGUGUCGAGGAGAAGAUUCAAAGCGACCUGGCAUCGAGUUAGAGACACUGGUGGAGAUCGUUACUCUAUUCCUUUCUUUUUUGAGCCUCGAGCAGAUGCACAAUUUGAGUUUUCACAUGAGGACGACCUCGGGUGGAUAACUUAUGGAUCAUGGAUGGUGAAUCAUAUGAGAAGAUUUAAGUAUCAAUUUGGUCAUUUGCCAGAAUACCCGUCAGAUUUACCAAUGUUUGGUUAAUUCUUGUAUCAUCUUAUGACUAUAAUAUAGCCAUUUUUUAUAUGGAAGGUCACAAUUGUCUCACAUGCAUGCACACAUGUCUGUUUCAAUUAUUGGAUGUAGAUCUGAA